UCCUUCACUUCCUUUGCUUUCCGUUCGAACUUUCGCAAGGCGUUUUACUUGAGUCUCACAAUGGCCGCCAAUCCACCUCUGCUACGAGCGUUCGACAACAGUUUGGUGCCCACCCCAUACGCAAUGGAAGCGAUCGCUCUGGCGCGAGGAGGGAUCGAGUUCACUGUGGAUGAAGUCCGCACCUCCAAUGGAAAGUGGUCUGCGAAAGGCGUCAUCUUCCUGACAAAUAUGCGCUUGAUAUUUGUCGCCAGAGAUGCUGAUGCCAACUCAGGACUGGUGGCUUUUGAGCUUCCUUUGGCCUAUAUCACCAACGACAAGUUCAAGCAGCCCGUCUUCGGAUGCAACAACCUGGCAGGGAAGUGUUGGCCUGCUGUACCUGGAGGAGGGCCAUCAGGGACUCUCCCCCCACACAAUUUUGCCAUCUACUUCAAAGAGGGCGGAGUCGGGACGUUUCUGCCGCUCUAUUUCAACUUCUUGGAGUACGUCAAGUACAUGCAUCAGCGGAUGAAUGCCAGCAGUGCACCCACAGCUCCCGCGCCACCCCAAGACACGCGAGAAAUAUUGUCCAAAGCCUUUGUGGAUCCGAACGAUCCAUCCAAGGUGUUCCUGACAUCUCCGGUCGAUGAGUCUCAGAGGAUCCCCACAGCGCCGCAGUACGCACCAAACUACAGCGACACAAAGGAUGAGCGCUACCAAGACAUGGGGCUGAGGCCCUGAGAAGUGCAGCUGAGAA